AGAACGCUUUAGGAGCAAUUAGCAAAGAGCUGGAGGCUGCUACUUCUGCUGCAGACUGGGAGGAAGCAAGGGCAGUUCCGUCCGGAGGCUCCCACCACAGCAGGCAUUUGCUCACUCCAGCUGCAAAAGGAUUUCAGAUGUCCCACCGCUGCUUGACCCCCUGCAAACAAGGGUUGACCACCAGAGGCACAUCCCACCUCUUGCUUACCUUUCUGCAUCUAAGAUGGUAAAGAAAGGAGGGAGGAAGAGAACGAAAUAACCACGGGGAAGCCUCAGACCAGGUUGGGGAGGGGGGGUGAGAGUAAAAGGAAAGAGGAUUAACCACCACCACCACACAAAAACCCCACCAACUUUCUUCUGUGAGGGAGGACUCGAAGGAUUAAAAAGGCAGCAACUUCUGAGGCGAUUUGUCCCGAGUUAUGGAUGUUGGUGCACUCACUUCAGGCCAGAUCAGAGCUCAGAGGGCUCUGACCAGAAGCCGCAGCCACCAGCUCUCCACUUGCCUUUUACCAGGUUUUACCCUUCCAGUAUGUUUCUUCUGAUGAGACAUUUUCCAGCGCCCAGCGUUUCAGUACAAUGUGCAAAUGGAUACUGACAAAUGGUGCCUCAGCCUUUUCCCACCUGCCUUGCUGCGGGUGCUGCUGCCUCUUCCUGAUGCUCUUCUUGGUGUCUUCUGGGUCUGUCAUCUGCCAGGACAUGCGGUCCCCGGUGGCCACCAACGCGUCUUCUUCAUCCUCCUCCUCCUCUUCAUCCUUCUCCUCUCCUGCCAGUGCGGGGAGGCACGUGCGGAGCUACAAUCACCUCCAGGGAGAUGUGCGCUGGAGGAAGCUCUACUCUUACAACAAGUACUUUCUCAAGAUUGAGAAGAACGGCAAGGUCAGCGGGACCAAGAAGGAGAACUGCCCGUACAGCAUAUUGGAGAUAACAUCUGUGGAAAUUGGAGUUGUGGCGGUUAAAUCGAUUAACAGCAACUAUUAUUUAGCCAUGAACAAGAAAGGAAAAGUCUAUGGCUCUAAAGAGUUUAACAGCGAUUGUAAAUUGAAGGAAAGAAUAGAAGAAAAUGGAUACAACACAUACGCAUCCUUAAAUUGGAAGCACAAUGGAAGACAAAUGUUUGUGGCCUUGAAUGGAAGAGGAGCUACAAAGAGAGGACAGAAAACAAGGAGGAAAAACACCUCAGCUCACUUUCUUCCAAUGGUAGUAAUGUCAUAGAUGAAGGAACUGUUUUAUUGAUGCAGUUGAACCAAAGGCUCUUUUGUCAAGUACACUUGGUAAUCCUCUUGAAGAGUAAAGGCAAAGAAACAGUGCAGACGUCUGCUUGUUUGAAAA